AUGCAAAUAUUAAGGAGCAUCAUUUUCAUAACUUUAUUAGUUUCUGUGACUGCAUACGUGCUAGCAAAGGAAAAUGAGAAUUACGAAACAUGGAAUAAAAAUAACGAAUAUGUAGAAUACAAUGGAAAGCACAAAAAUUACACUGAAAGCAACAAAUCAAGAGUUUAUAUAAAAGACACUGUAAUAAGACGAUCUCAUUACGCGGAUCCCUUGCAUCUAUCAAUGGAUGGAGACAUUUGGCAAUUAAUCUUUUUGAUAAUAAUAAGCAUGUUGAUAUUCUCAUAUUUGCCAAUUUAUUUCAAAAUAAGGACGAAAUUUUGGCCUGUUUUUGCAAAUUGGUCUUUUGUUACUUUGGAGAAUUAUUUCUCUUUCUGUAGACCCUUAAUUGCGGCUGUGACUCGCAAUUCAAGGGACAAUAUGUAUCAAGAAGUAUAUCAAACAUAUAAUCCGCGGUUUGCUCGCGGUGAAAUCGGUAACGCUAUCACGUACGGGAGCAUUCCUGAUUCCGGUGGCCACGGCGGUUUCACGUCAUAUCCAGACGAAAAUUGGGAAAUGCUCCUAAUUUUCGUCGGCGCAGCCGCGUGCAACAUUUCAUCGCUAACGCUAGACCGAUGCUUACAACAGUACAUACCAUCGCAAGCUGAUUGCGCACGUUUCGCAUUAUCGCGCGAUCAUUGGGGAAUAACGUUUGCCCUGUGCUCGUUGGCUGAUAAUCGCGUCCCGCGAGAUUGGCGAGAAUGA